UGCUCCAAGCACUAUACGGCACUGCCCCAUUUCUUCUCCUUUUCCUUUUCUCCGUACCAACUUUUUCUAGUGUAUUUUUCUUCCCGAGAUUUCAAUUCUUGCCCGUGUGUAUUAGUCGCUCUCACGAUUGGGGGCGACGCUAAUCGCGGUGCCACCACUUCCAAUCCACUCUCGCGGUCGCCGUGCCGAGCUGUUCAUGCUCUGUCCUCAACUACUCCAAGAUUUGUUCUUUAGACGCCGUGCAGCUUCGGUGCGCAGGGACGGCGGAGAGCUCGGGACUUGGUUCAGAGCUUAGGAUCUUUGUCGAUUCAGGUUUUGAUUGGUUUCGUCUGCUCGGCUGACUGGGUUGUAAAUUUGGAACUGGAAGGAAGCAUUUGAGCACAGAUGGGCCAGUGUUGCAGCAGAGCUACGUCCCCGGAUUCUGUCCAAGGAGGAGCCAAUGGCUAUGGCUAUUCUCACCAACCAAAACAGGCUCAAACACCUCCUAGUUACAACAAUGCUCAGCCACCACCACAAGCUGAGGUAAGGUACACACCGCCAGCGAUGAACCCUCCUGUAGUCCCACCUGUGGUAGCCCCCUCAAAGCCCACGCCGGACACGAUUCUCGGCAAGCAGUACGAGGAUGUGCGCUCUGUCUACUCCCUUGGCAAGGAACUUGGUAGGGGGCAGUUCGGGGUGACGUACCUUUGCACUGAGAUUAGCACUGGCAGGCAGUAUGCUUGCAAGUCCAUAUCCAAGCGCAAGCUCGUGAGUAAGGCCGACAAGGAGGAUAUCCGCAGGGAGAUCCAGAUCAUGCAGCACCUAUCUGGACAGCCAAACAUAGUGGAGUUCUGUGGAGCAUAUGAGGACAAGGGCAGCGUGCAUGUCGUGAUGGAGCUCUGUGCAGGCGGGGAGCUGUUUGAUCGGAUUAUUGCCAAGGGGCACUACUCAGAGCGUGCAGCUGCUACAAUCUGCAGAGGAGUUGUGAAUGUUGUCAAUGUUUGCCAUUUCAUGGGAGUGAUGCACCGUGAUCUCAAGCCGGAGAACUUCUUGCUCGCAACCAAGGAUGAGAAUGCAGUGCUCAAGGCCACUGAUUUUGGGCUUUCGGUCUUCAUUGAAGAAGGAAAAAUGUAUAGGGACAUCGUUGGAAGUGCUUAUUAUGUUGCUCCUGAAGUCCUUAGGAGAAAUUAUGGUAAAGAGAUAGAUGUUUGGAGUGCAGGUGUUAUUCUGUAUAUUCUUCUCAGCGGUGUUCCCCCAUUCUGGGCUGAAACUGAGAAGGGGAUAUUUGAUGCUAUUCUGCAAGGGGAGAUUGACUUUGAGAGUCAGCCAUGGCCAUCAAUUUCUGAGAGCGCUAAAGACCUUGUGAGGAAGAUGUUGGCACAGGAUCCAAAGAAAAGAAUUAGUUCAGCCCAAGUUCUUCAACAUCCAUGGCUCAGGGAAGGAGAAGCAUCAGACAAACCUAUUGACAGUGCUGUUCUUUCUAGGAUGAAGCAAUUCAGAGCAAUGAAUAAACUGAAAAAGAUGGCCCUAAAGGUUAUAGCUUCAAAUCUUAAUGAGGAAGAGAUCAAGGGCCUGAAGCAAAUGUUUAUGAACAUGGACACAGACAACAGUGGGACAAUCACAUAUGAGGAACUCAAAGCAGGACUAGCCAAACUUGGAUCGAAGCUGUCAGAAGCUGAAGUAAAGCAGUUGAUGGAUGCGGCUGAUGUGGAUGGCAAUGGAUCAAUUGACUACGUUGAGUUCAUAACAGCAACGAUGCAUAGACACAAGCUCGAAAGAGAUGAACAUUUGUUCAAGGCGUUCCAGUACUUUGACAAAGACAACAGUGGCUUCAUCACUAGAGAUGAACUGGAGACUGCUUUGAUUGAGCAUGAAAUGGGCGAUGCGGAUACCAUAAAGGACAUCAUAUCAGAAGUCGACACAGAUAAUGAUGGGAGGAUUAACUACGAGGAAUUCUGCGCUAUGAUGAGAGGAGGGAUGCAGCAGCCAAUAAGGCUCAAGUAGCCUUUCCUUGUAGAAAUGGUGUACCAUUAGCAACUGUUCUUGGUUCCUUCUUUUUUCACUGCACGGAUGAGAAGUUCUCUUUGGCCUUGUUGAGAUGAUUGUGUAUAUCUUAUGGAGUUUUGCUCGUGCAUGUUGUUCCUCUAGUCCUACUUUCUUCUGUAAGUUGGUUUUUGCAAGUACAUCUAAUAAAAGAGUAUUUUGCACGUCAAAUGUGCAUAUUUAAA